CCCGUCAGGAGGGGAGGCCAUGUUAGGGAACAGAUCUACCCGGAUUGAUGUCGUAAAUAAUUGCUAGUCAGCAGCUUGUCGUUAGAUCACGCGAAUCGGCCAACCCCAUCUCGCUCGCAGUGACCAGUUAAUAGUUACCGCGAAAAUGUUGUCUCACCCAUUCAACCAUUUUUGCAGCUGUGUCUUCAUCAUUCUGAUACUGCCGUGGCAUCUGCCAUCAUCGGCGCUCGAUGGGCUGAAACCGGACGACAGCGGCAACCGUGUCAAGCGUUUGAUAAGCUUCCCGAUCAAUGGUGGCGUUGCGAAGCUGGUGCUAGGCUUUCUGGCACCGGUUCGUUUCCAUCAUCCGCUACCGCGCAGCCUCAACUGUGGCAUUAACGUGCAGGCGAACUAUGUCAUCCCUCCGGACAUAAUUUUCCCCCGGCCGGAGUCUAUCUUUCGCAAUCGCAACCUGGACCACUACACAGAUCCCGACAGUCGACAGCGGUUGUACGGUGUGAUGGAAAAGAUUCUGAAGACGAUGCUCGGGACGCAUCGAAGAGCGCGCGAGUGUUUGCUGCGUACGGUGUGUGAGGUGGCGGACUCAUCGUUGGGGCGCAAUGGACUGGUAGGCGAGCUGCUGGAUGUGAUAUUUACACCUCAAGAAUCGGAUGCACUGCCGGCCGAGUUCCUACUGGCACGCAGGUAUGGAACGAAUGGAGUCAAUUGUUUGAAGGUGUACUCGUCCUGUCCGUGGGGUAUGGGACUGCUUGACUACGUUUCGAUCAUUGGCGAGGAAGGUUUCAGAUUAUAAAUACAACUCUUAGCCUCUAAAUAUGU